CAUGGAUGACGAAAGGAAAGUAUUAUUAAUACGGUUGGUCGAAAAUAACCCAAGAUUGUGGGACAUAAAACAUACUGACUACAAAAAAGUGAAUGACAAGCAGAUAUAUUGGAGCAUUAUAGCAGAGACAUUAGACGUAGAUGUUGAAAUAGUGAAAAGUGAAUAUUACAAAUUGAGAUCAAGCUUUUUUAGAAUUUUAAGGAGGCAAAAGCAAAAUAAUAAGCAAUCCGAAUGGAAAUUCUUUCCACUAAUGACAUUUUUAAUGUCGCAGCCCGACCCGAAUAAUAAAAAAGUUAUAGUAAAUGUUCCUGAUCUGAGUAUUACUGAAGAAAAUUAUACUCCUGAAGAUUUCGCCUAUGAUGAUAAGUUAACUCUGGAUUAUAAGUUUGAUGAACCCACAUAUGAAAUUGAUCAUACAGCUUCAGCUACACCUUUAGAUGAUAAUUCAGGCGAUGAAAACGAUCUUGUUGUUAUGAAUAGCACAAAGGGAAAAAUGGAAUCAGACAAAUUGCAUAACGAUAACACUAGCUCAUCAGAAAAGGGAUAUAAGGAGCAGGAUAAUGAUAGGAUAUUUGCCGAAUUUCUCUAUCUAGAAUUUAGAAAGUUGGACGGAUUUUUAAAAGAUGAGGUUAAGUUGAAAAUUCAUAGAUUACUCGUCGAAGAGAAAAAAAGAUUCCAUUCGAAGAAUCAAAUGUAA